GACAUGCCUCACACAUCGAUGAAGUCAUGUACAACGUAGCCUACCUGUAAUUAUCAACGAGACGUCACAACCGCGGCGACGUUAGCAGUUGUCAUCCUGUCUCGUCCAUCAAGAACUGUCAGCCUUUCAUCAUCAUGGAAGAAAGAGAGAUCCAGAGAUAACUCCCAAUGGGUUUCAAGUCCCAAGCAAGUCAAUUACAAUCUUGGUCAACUGAAUGAAGAAUGACAACUUUGACUGACAGCUUUGUUGCAAAGGACUAUUGAGACCUAUUGUUACACACCGCUUCCCACAUUUGAACGUGAAUGUUUGAGGCCUGUUUUUCUUUUCGACAUCCCUCCUCACCAACCCUGCUGUCCAGCUCAGGCAGAGUGGAACCCUUUGUGUCCUCUGGCCUCGUGCCCUUCCAUCGGCGGCCUGCUCCGGUGGUGCGGUGGUGUACGAUGGCGCGGUGGGACGCUGUGGGCUGCCGCGGGAGACUGUGAUGUCCGAGCCCAACAGCCCGGGCGAGAGCCGGUGUGGCGCUCCCAGAUUCUUCGUGGGCUGCGAAGACGAUGAGAGCGAGGUCUUGGAGGAUAGCAUAAGAACAGACAUGGAACUAUAUGAGGAUGACGAAGACACAGACUCUCCACCUGAGCAACAGAUUGUUGUGGGAAUAUGCUGCAUGAUGAAGAAGUCAAAGUCCAAGCCAAUGACCCAGAUUCUGGAGAGGCUAUGCAGGUUUGAGUACAUCACCGUGGUCAUCUUUCCAGAGGACGUCAUUCUCAAUGAGCCUGUGGAAAACUGGCCCCUGUGUGAUUGCCUCAUCUCCUUCCACUCCAAAGGAUUUCCACUCGAUAAAGCAGUCAGCUAUGCCAAACUGAGAAAUCCUCUGCUCAUCAAUGACCUCAACAUGCAGUACUACAUACAGGACAGGAGAGAAGUAUAUCGCAUCCUGCAAGAGGAAGGGAUUGAUCUGCCACGCUAUGCUGUGUUGAACCGUGACCCAGAUAAACCAGAUGAGUGUAACUUGGUGGAAGGAGAGGACCAUGUGGAGGUGAAUGGAGAAAUCUUCCAGAAGCCGUUCGUUGAGAAGCCAGUGUGUGCUGAGGACCACAAUGUCUACAUCUACUACCCUACUUCUGCUGGUGGUGGCAGCCAACGUCUCUUCAGAAAGAUUGGGAGCAGAAGCAGUGUGUACUCACCAGAAAGCAACGUGAGGAAGACUGGAUCUUACAUCUAUGAAGAGUUCAUGCCAACAGAUGGCACAGAUGUGAAGGUCUAUACUGUGGGACCUGACUAUGCUCAUGCUGAAGCUCGAAAGUCUCCUGCUCUGGAUGGGAAGGUAGAGCGAGACAGCGAGGGCAAGGAGGUCCGUUACCCUGUCAUGCUGUCAGCUAUGGAGAAACUGGUUGCCCGGAAGGUGUGUUUAGCGUUCAAGCAAACUGUUUGUGGAUUUGACCUUCUUCGAGCCAAUGGGCACUCUUAUGUAUGUGAUGUCAACGGAUUCAGUUUUGUGAAGAACUCUAUGAAAUACUAUGACGACUGCGCUAAGAUCCUUGGGAAUAUUGUGAUGCGUGAGCUAGCACCUCAGUUUCAGAUUCCAUGGUCCAUCCCUACUGAAGCGGAGGACAUUCCCAUUGUUCCCACUACUUCAGGCACUAUGAUGGAAUUGCGCUGUGUGAUAGCUGUCAUCCGACAUGGAGACAGAACACCAAAGCAGAAGAUGAAGAUGGAAGUUCGCAACCCCAUGUUUUUUGACCUAUUUGAAAAAUAUGGAGGGUAUAAAACUGGGAAAUUAAAACUGAAGAAACCAAAACAACUGCAGGAGGUGCUGGACAUUACUCGACAGUUGUUAGCAGAACUGGGCCAGCACAAUGACUGUGAGAUAGAAGAGAAGAAGUCCAAACUUGAGCAGCUGAAAACUGUUCUAGAAAUGUAUGGACACUUCUCUGGGAUCAACAGAAAAGUGCAGCUGACCUACUUGCCCUACGGGCAGCCCAAAACCUCGAGUGAAGAAGAAGACACACGAAAGGAGGGUCCAUCUCUGCUGCUCGUGCUGAAGUGGGGAGGAGAGCUUACGCCUGCUGGAAGGGUGCAGGCUGAAGAGCUUGGAAGGGCCUUUCGCUGUAUGUACCCUGGAGGACAAGGAGACUAUGCUGGAUUUCCCGGCUGUGGGUUGCUACGGUUACAUAGCACCUACAGACAUGACCUGAAGAUAUACGCAUCUGAUGAAGGCAGAGUGCAGAUGACUGCUGCAGCUUUUGCAAAGGGGUUGCUGGCCUUGGAAGGUGAACUGACUCCCAUUCUAGUGCAGAUGGUGAAGAGUGCUAACAUGAAUGGGCUGCUGGAUAGUGACAGUGACUCGCUAAGUGGCUGUCAGCACAGAGUCAAAGCCAGACUCCAUGAGAUUCUGCAAAAGGACCGGGACUUCAUUGAAGAAGAUUAUGACAGACUGGCCCCAACGUGUAGUGCAUCAUUGGUGAAUUCGAUGAAAAUAGUCCAGAACCCAGUGGCCACAUGUGACCAGGUUUACACUCUCAUUCAGAGCCUCACUGCACAGAUCCGCAAAAGAAUGGAAGAUCCCAAGUCAGCUGACCUGCAACUUUAUCACAGUGAAACACUGGAGCUGAUGUUGCAGCGCUGGUCCAAACUUGAGAGAGACUUCCGCAUGAAGAACGGUCGCUAUGACAUCAGUAAAAUACCUGACAUUUAUGACUGUGUAAAAUAUGAUGUCAUUCAUAACGCUACUCUGGGUUUGGAGGACACACUGGAGUUGUUCAGACUUUCUCGUGCUUUGGCUGACAUCGUGAUCCCACAGGAAUAUGGCAUAAAUAAAGCUGAGAAGCUGGACAUUGCUUAUGCCUAUUGCCUUCCACUGGUUAGAAAGAUCCAGCUUGACCUUCAGAGGACUCACGAGGAUGAGUCUGUCAACAAGCUGCACCCUCUAUAUUCACGCGGAGUGAUGUCGCCUGGACGACAUGUGAGGACACGUCUAUAUUUCACCAGUGAAAGUCACGUCCACUCUCUGCUGAGUAUUUUCCGCUACGGUGGUUUACUUGAUGAAGAGAAAGACCAGCAGUGGAAUCGUGCCAUGGAUUAUCUUAGUGCUGUUUCUGAACUCAACUACAUGACUCAGAUUGUCAUUAUGCUUUAUGAGGACAACAAUAAGGAUCUCUCUUCAGAGGAACGCUUCCAUGUUGAGCUUCACUUUAGCCCAGGAGUAAAAGGUGUUGAGGAAGAAGAGAAUGCACCCACCGGCUUUGGCUUUAGACCAGCCUCUGCAGAGGUAGCACGACAGAAUGGACAAAAACAAACAGACCCAGGAAGCUUGGAGGACCUCUCACGCGAUGAGACGGACAGAGCUGUACCACUGUCUGAGCCAAUCACCAUACAGAGGAGAUCACCACUUAUACGUAAUCAUAAAACCGGAUCUAUGGAGGUGCUGUCAGAGACUUCAUCCUCCAAAGUUGGGAGCUAUCGCCUCUUCUCGUUUUGCUCUCGUCAGUCGCCUGACAUUAAACAAAGUGGGUUAGGCUCUCAAUGUGCCGGACUGUUCAGCACCACUGUCCUAGGUGGGUCCUCUAGUGCCCCUAACCUGCAGGACUACGCACGCGCACAUCGCAAAAAAUUCUCCACCAGCAGUCUAUCCUACAAAGACGAAUUGUUGUCUAUGCCGGCAGUAAAACGAUUUUCUGUGUCGUUUGCAAAGCAUCCGACUAAUGAGCCAUUGGAGGAGCACCAUGUGGCCCAGUUGUUGAGUCGGUUCUCCACAGAACUUAGUCUGGGCUGCCACCUCUCUCUCGACGUUGCACUCACCCACCAUCUCCACCAGUGCUCCUACCACCUCCGUCUCUUCCGAAACUGGCUUAUCUCUGGCCAGGACCCCAUAGAGUACCUUCAUGGCUUUGAAGGCUGCUCCAUGGUACCCUCCAUCUAUCCUCUGGAAACACUACACAACUCAUUGUCACUCAAACAGGUCAAUGAGUUCCUCACGAGUGUGUGUGAGAGUGCCGGAGAUCCACAUACAAGGACCUCCAGAGCGCUGUCAGCCAUGUUUGGUGCACACAACCAUCCAUCAGGGGAUGGUUCAUAUAUCCCCCACAGAGUCCUCUCCUCGUCCAUGUCUCUGAGGUCUCGGUCAGACAAACCUCCAUGGUACAGCAGCGGUCCAUCCAGUACCGUAUCCAGCGCUGGCCCAUCUUCCCCCACUACGGCGGACACCUCCCCACGUUUCAGUUUCAGUGAUAAAAUCUCUCUCACUCCGCAGAGUAGCGAGGAAACCCAUUCCUCUCAAAACCUCCCUUCCCAGCCGGCACCUCCACUGGCAUCGCAAGUUCUUGACCCAAAUUUCUCCGCUGUUUCAAACCCGUCUGAAGUACCACAGACUCCAAAUAACUCACCAGAGGAUGAUAGUGAGCAAUGCCACAUCGCUGAUCGCCAAUCAGAUGAUCCCGAACACACGCAGGAAGGCCAAGAGACUUGUUCAGCCUCGGACCUUUCCAGCGGUGGAGUUGGAGACGUUGGUUUGAGGCCCCCCUGCUCCCCACUAGCCGAGCUCUCUCUCGGUCGCAUGGAAGGCUUCUGUCUCCCAAGCUCGCUGCCUGUGCUGCUGGAGCUCAGAGAGAGCAGCAGCGAGGCGGGUUCCAGCUCCCAGACGCCCAUGUCUCCUGAAGGACACGACGAGUUCUUUGACACCCAGGAGUCGGUGGACUUGUGGAUGGACAGUACCGAGAGUCCUCCGGAGUCUGAGAUGCCUCUUGAGGUCACAGCAGACCUCCCAGCAGAACCAUGAUGCCACAAAGAUGAACAAGAAACUACCACGGGUAUGAAUUUAAUUGUUCAGCUCGUACGGCUGGGUACUGAGCAGAAUACCGGGUCCCUCCUCUGUCUCGUAAACUCAGUGGUGAUGUCAGUGCUGCUCAUUACCCAUAAAGACACGCUGACAUGAGCCCAAUCUUAACAAACUACUGGUCCAGUCCAUCAGAGGUAACCUGAUAUAUAAAUAUAAAUGUUUUAUAUAACAUCGUUGUGUGUGGACCGGUAGCUCAGUGCUCCACUCUGCUUUCCAGUAAAUCAGUCAUGUCAACUUGGUGGUUGGAAGGUAAGCACUGACAAUGCAGCUUUUCCUUCAUGCUUAGACAGUGGUACCGUGACUUGAGAGUGCACCAGCUUUGUCAAUCUGUUUUGUUUUUUUUUUUAGGUGCAAGCAAAAUUUGAGGUUUGGUCGUCCUGCGUCUCACAAUACUGUACAAUCAAAGAUACGAGUUAGGUUACAAGCUAAGUCGUGGAACGAAUUACAUUCAUUGGUCAGGGUACCACUUUCUCCCAAAGGGUAUCCAUAAAGACAGCUAAGAAGAAGUCUUACCUGUUACUGUUCAUGUUGCAUACCAGGUCAGAUGUGCUCGCACUUCCUAAAAACAAUCUGACGUUGACUCCUCAAUCAAAUGCCUGCCUGGCCUGACCUGACGCUGUUUUUUUUUUUCCGCUUGUCCAGAGCCGCCUAUAAAGUGGAGAUAUGUGUACAGCACUGCUAACUGCCAAAGUCUUUAAUGCCAUUCAAAUUUCCUGUUAGAAAAUAAAUAUUUAUUUUGACAAAGCAUUUUGGGGAGAUGGGUAUUUUCAAUCAUGGUCGUACUGUUCGUUAUGAGAGCACACCGGUGUUGGGGCAACUUUUCAAAACGACUACUAUACUCAAAGGCUACAUUUUACUUUUGAAGUCGCUUUUAUUGUGUUAAGCACUUAUGUAGCAGGCAUGUAGAGAACUGACUCCACAUGUGCUCGGGAGCUCUUCAGGUCGAUGAUGAAGCUCAUGUGCCACUUUUAUCUGUGAUCCUACGGUGCAAGAUGCCACGAGUGACUUGUUGCAACUGUCCAAUCAUCUUGUCGGUGUGCACUGGGAUAAUAAUGGCACCAUAGAGAAUGGAUGUGUGCUGUUUUUCGCUUCAGUGCAGAGGUUGCUUUUUUUUCCCUUCAUUAACACUGUUGAAAUCUAAGUGGUCAACAUUCUGCCUCCUCCCUGUAUGUGGAUUAAGACAGAAUGAUAAUAAAUGUCAAAAGUCUUUGUUCGGGAGAGUAAAUCAUCUUCAGUGUGAGUGAUCUGUUCUAAAAAUAAACUGGUUCCUUGAAGCAGA